CGGCGGCGGGGGUGGCUUGUUGGAGGCGGCCAUGGCAAAGCAAUACGACGCAGUGGCGUACCCCUUUUGUGAUGAGGUGACCAAAUAUGAGAAGCUCACUAAGAUCGGCCAAGGCACUUUUGGGGAGGUGUUUAAGGCAAAGCAUCGCCUGACCGGCCGAAAGGUAGCUCUGAAGAAAGUCCUGAUGGAGAACGAGAAGGAGGGGUUCCCCAUUACGGCCUUGCGGGAAAUCAAGAUCCUCCAGCUUCUAAAACACGAGAAUGUGGUCAACUUGAUUGAGAUCUGUCGAACCAAAGCUUCCCCCUAUAACCGCUGCAAAGGCAGCAUAUACCUGGUGUUCGACUUCUGCGAGCAUGACCUUGCUGGGCUGCUGAGCAACGUGUUAGUCAAGUUCACACUGUCUGAGAUCAAGAAGGUCAUGCAGAUGCUGCUCAAUGGCCUCUACUACAUCCAUAGGAACAAGAUCCUGCACAGGGACAUGAAGGCGGCUAACGUGCUCAUCACCCGAGAUGGGGUGCUGAAACUGGCAGACUUUGGGCUGGCCAGGGCCUUCAGUCUGGCCAAGAACAGCCAGCCCAACCGCUAUACCAACCGCGUGGUGACACUCUGGUACCGGCCCCCGGAGCUAUUGCUCGGGGAGCGCGACUACGGCCCCCCCAUUGACCUGUGGGGUGCUGGGUGCAUCAUGGCGGAGAUGUGGACCCGCAGCCCGAUCAUGCAGGGCAACACGGAGCAGCACCAGCUCGCCCUCAUCAGCCAGCUCUGUGGCUCCAUCACUCCUGAGGUGUGGCCAAAUGUGGACAAGUACGAGCUGUUUGAGAAACUGGAGCUAGUGAAGGGCCAGAAGCGGAAGGUGAAGGAUAGGCUGAAGGCCUAUGUGCGCGACCCCUACGCACUGGACCUCAUCGACAAGUUGCUGGUGCUGGACCCGGCGCAGCGCAUCGACAGCGACGAUGCCCUCAACCAUGACUUCUUCUGGUCUGACCCCAUGCCCUCGGACCUCAAGGGCAUGCUCUCCACCCACCUGACAUCCAUGUUCGAGUACCUGGCGCCACCACGCCGGAAGGGCAGCCAGAUCACCCAGCCUUCCACUAACCAGAGCCGCAAUCCCACCAAUACCAACCAGACGGAGUUCGAGCGUGUCUUCUGAGUGGCGGCGCUGCUGCCUUUCCUUAGGGCUCUGUCUUCUGCCCUGUGACUCGUGCUGUGGAGAUGAUGGGGCAUUUGAGUUUUUUCUCCAGUGCACAUUUUGUCUUACCCCAUCUGGGCACUGGGGAUGCCGUCCGAGUGGACUGGAGUAAAGCUUUGGCUCAAUGUCCAGGGGGCACUGAGGCUGCCUCCCUGGUCCCCGGGCUCUGGAGAAUGUCCAGCGCGUCUCCACGGACCUUAGGACAAGAAUGGGGUGGGGGAGAGGUGCACCCCACCAGUGACUGUCUGGGUUCCCAGCAUGAUGGGAGGAGGGACAGGUCCCUUCCCAUCCCUGGCUCUUCUCUUGGCCUAAGAAACUUGCAUGGGGGCCACCAGCUGGAAUAUGGGCUGCUCUUGGCCUGAGCCUCAGAGGCGCUGGGGCUGGCAAAAACCUGGUUUCUUCAGUAGGAGAGUUUUAUCAUGUUUGUUUUAUUCGGUGUUUAAAGACAUUCCUGGACACAGUUUGACCAGUUACAAUUAAAGUUGAUUUUUUUUUCCCUUUUUUUUCCCACUAA